UUCAGAUGUCAAGACUGUUUAUCCCCUCUGCUAUCUUGUCAUGCAUGCCUCUUGCAGUUGCACCUCAGAAUGCCAUUCCAUAGAAUUGAGGAAUGGCAGGAUGGGUUUUUCCAUGCUGUAACCCUCAAAUUUUUAGGGCUACAUAUUCAGCUCGGUCACAAGGCAGGAGAAACUUGUCAUCAUCUGAGCCCCACCUUUCAUGACAACUUCAUUGUUAUCAACACUCAUGGAAUUCAUGAAGUCGGCCUAGACUUCUGUGGUUGCGAGCACGAAGCUUCUCAUUAUAAACAGUUGCUUUGGGCGCGUCUUUUCCCUGCAACAGCCACUGAUCCUAGAACUGCUGCAACAUUUGCGGUGUUGAAGUUCUUUCACCUGCUUUCCUUCAAGUCCAAAGUAUCCACAUACAAAUUCUAUCAUAGUUUGGCGCUGUAG